UCGCCGACCCGGGAUCAGGCCAGAGCUGGAAGAAGAGGACGAUGCCGGAAUCCGAUUGGAGAGAAACACUUGCAAGGGUCCGUAAGGCAUCAAAGAGUCCCGCCGUCGUUAGCGCCCUGAAUGGCAUGACUCACUCAUACAACUUUUCACCCGAUCAUAUAGCACCAGCCGUCCGGGAUCGAAAUCUAACCGCCCAAGACAUGAACGAGAAAGCCAAGAUCUUGGAGGAAUUGCUAUCAGACCUGCUUCCUUCAAUCAAUGACCAACUCAACUCUCUGUUAUCCUCACUCGACCUAAUCGAUCUCGAGAAGAACCCAGACCCUGACUAUGUUUCAACCCUGGAAAUCUUAUCAGUGCUUGAUAAGACUUUGCAGAGUGUGGUAUCUUCAAUCGUCUUCCUCACUCUCAAUUCGCCUCUACCAGACGAGAAACACGACCACGGCUUGAAGAACUUGAAGAUCUAUAGAUGCUCUCAUCUACGAAACAAAGUGGAGGCUUUGAUCGUAGACAUCAUCAGCAACCGGCUCUUCCCAACCUGCGCGAGCUGCGUCGAAUUCAGCGCCCUGUCAACCGUCUGCACCCAACGCCAUGGGGUUUGGAAUGAGGUGUCCAGAACCAGGGAAGAGAUUCACAUGAUUGUGACUGACGCUCAGCGUACAAUCAAUAAGACGAUCAAUUGGGCCCGCAAGCUUGACUGGGCCACGAUCCAGGAAGCUUGGCUACUGUCAUCCGAUCUUUUUGAUAUCAUCCUUGAGCUCUUCAGCAGGGCAAUCAACCCCGCAAGUCAAUCGAUACCCGAAGAUGAUCCGACUACUACUAACAAUCUCAAGAACGAAAACGCUGCGAUAGAACUACUGGCUCAACUGGCCAAAUCAACCAUACCGCUCCUCAAAUUAGGAAGGAUCUUGGUCAAGGGGACCUUGGAAUGGAUUUCGAAGAAUCUAGUAUUUCGGAUCAACACGGAGGUCAACUCAGAGGCUUUAGAGCAGCUACGCAAAGUCUAUAAAUUGAUCAUUGUGCCUCUUGAAGACCUUGGCCAGCUCUUGGGGAUUCUUCAACUCAGAAAUCGAGCGAUCAAUGUUGAAAAUCAAACUAACAUUCAAAGAUCAGUUCUCAAUUUGACGGAAGCAAUGAGUUCUAGCCUAGUCAUUCUAGAUUCCUAUCUGCUUCCUUUUUUGCAUUAGUCUAAAUGACUCCCAAUAUGCUUGCUGCUCACACCCUUUGUUGUUACAAAACCUGUCUACUGCUCUUGUACUCCGCAUGAAAAAAAUGCCAUGUCUUGGUUGUAUGGACUGUUGUUGUCUUGAUUAUAUUUUACUAGAUGAAUACAAAGUUGUUUAUAUUACAUAGUAGCCAAAGAAUGCCACUUCCUGCCUUGGAUCUUGACGCCAACUGACAAUUGUACCAGGAGAAAUAUAGCAUGGUCUACCAGAGCAA